CGUUACCGCAACUUUUGAUCGUCAACAAGACAAAAAUACAAACACUGCCUGAGGUUAACUUCUCGUGUUUUUUAGUGGAUAAAAACUCAGGCGCCCCAUCCAAGGGUAAACUAUUUAUGCGUGCAAUUAUAUCAUGAUGUAUUAGAGUGAUAGAGUUAUAUACGAAUACUAUGUGAGGUGAAUAAGGCAGAUACAGGGAUAUUUUAAUAAGCUGUGACAUUCCGUUGAGUCUGAUCACCCAAGUAUUUAUUUCUUAUUUCACACUUAGUCACGCUCGACACUUCCACAUCAUUGUCAGUAUUUCUGAACACCACAGUGAUAAGACACAAACUUUCUUGUGAUUGGAGUGCCCCAUGACAAGUACUGACAUUUCUGAAGACCGUAUCCUCUGCGGCGCUGCGCCCACGCCAGCCCCGGUAUUUGAUGAGGUGUCUGGUGGCAAGUAAUGGGAGUGUUGAUGGAGUCCGUCAAGAGCAGUGGAGGCGGGGACAUCCUGCUGGAGCAAGAUGUGGUGAUGCAGGUGGUGGAGGCUGGGGCUGCAGUGGCCUCGGCUACCCAGCGCUCCCUCAAGCUGCUGGUGGAGCUGCGCCUCAAACCUUCUACUCCAGCAAAGGAGCUUCUUGUGCGGCUGACAGAUGAGCAGGACCCUUUUGUGCUGCUGUCGUGUGUGGUGCGGGAAGAGGACUAUCACACCUUGAGGCAACGACAGGGCCUGCUUGUUGACUUUAGUGCUUUUCCUCACAAAUUUGUUGAGUUAGUGAGCUCAUGUAUUCAGGAAUCAAGCAAGGAAUCUCCGAGGUUUUUGCUUGUACUGCGCUACUCUGAAGAUGGUGGAGGCGGUGGAGCAACUCUUGAAGUGAUAGAGGUGAACAUUUUCAAGCACCUGUGUCAUCUGGCACUGACACUCACACCUGCAUCUACACAGCUCAAACUGACCUACCUAGCAGAUUGUUGUAAAGUCUUGAAGGCUAAGGUGACAGCAAAAGAAAGAGAGGCAGCAGAAAAUGAACACCAGCUACGACAGGAGGUGCGACAUGCCCAUGAACUCCUGAGCAAGUCCUCAAGGGAGCUGGAGCAGGUACGUGCCGAGCUGAGCCACCAGGCAGCAGUGUCAUCAGAGAAGCAGGCACAGCUGAUCAGCCAGGAGAAGGACAGGAUGCUGAGGAUGCAGAGUGAUGCAGACAGGAAGGCAGAUCGUGAGCGGAGGGAGCUGGAGGGUAGACUGAACCAGCACAUUGAGCACCUGCAGGCUAAGGUCACCUCACUCACCUCACAAAACAGUGACCUCUCAGAGAAAAGACACCGAGCAGAAAGCAGUGCAAGGGAACUACGAGCAAGAUUACAGAGUGCUGAAGGGGACCUGGAGAGAUGUCGACAAGAGCUUUCCCAUACCAAGAAGCAAAAUGCUCGCAUUGAUCAGGAUAAUCAUUCCAAAAGUAAUAAAAUUCGGGAGUUGGAGUCUCGUGCGUCGCACCUCGAGGGAGAGCUGAGGAGCCGAGAGACAAGCCUGGCCCACACACAGCAGAUGAUGGAGACGAUACAGCAGCAGAAGACUACCCUUGAAGCAACUCUUGAGGAACGCCGGCAAAAAUUACUGAAGCGAGAAAAUUCCAUCCAACUUAUUUAUGCUGAGCUGCAGAAGAGUCUGGAGAUUAUUAAGAAGCUACAGAAGAGAGUCAAGGAAGAACACAUGGCAAGCAAAGUCAGAGGAACAGCACUAAUGGAACAAGAGAAGAUAUUGGCAGAGAAGGACUCAAGGUUAUCCCAAAUGAGUGAGCAGCUACAGGCGACAACUUCCAAGCUCUCUGAACUCACAUUAGAAAGAGACCAACUCCAGAAGAAGCUGCAAGACUCCACUGAGAAAUUACACGAACAGGAGAAAACUCUUCAAACUAAUGAGAAUGUGAUCUCAUGGCUGAACAAGCAACUCAAUGAGGCAGAGACUACAGGAGCCAUCACCAGGCGGGCACCACUCACUGAGGCAUACCUCACCUCCCACCGGCCAGCCACCAGCAAUAUGAAGUCUCUGGGAUCACAGUUAGCAUCAGGAACUCAGCCAAGUCUUGUGCUCCACUCCACACCAUUGUCCACAGCACCUUUUCCUCAGGCCAUGGGUGCUGGGGGCUCGGCAGGCUCCACCCACACCACACUGAGCUCCAUCCGUCACUUGGGUACCAUUCCUCCCAUACCUGAGGAGAUCAGUCCCCGGGCCUCACAGGACUUAUUGCCAGGCACUGAGAAGGCGGCGGUUGCUGAUAAAGAAAACAGUGGUGGUUUGGAUCCCAAGUACUUGGAGCCAACAAAACCUGCAAGUAUUGGAGUGCGUGGUUUGCUCAGAGCUAAUGCUUGUAAACCCUCCACUGUGGAAUCAGAUCCAAAGGCACCAAGUAAUAUUCCAGCCAGAAGACCUGGAGUGUCUGGGGUAAGGAGAGGAGGACCCACUGGAGACACAAGAGGGAGAGGUAGAGGCUCAGAUAGCACUGGGCCAAACACACAGCCUUCCAGCUACUUCCCUCGCACCUGAGCACUUACCCACUUUGUCUUUCAUGUACUUAGCAAUAUAGAAAUAAAUGUACAUAUUGAAUGAUAUAUAUAAAAGUAACCUUUCCUUGCAAUAAUAAAGAGAGAAAAGGAUGUGAAGAGAAUGAGAGGCUGAGAGUAUGACAGAACUGGAAUAAAUGGAUACUUGUCACAGCAAACAGGUAUUGUUCACAGCUGAUGGUACUGUUUUAUCAUGGGGAUGUGUUCUAAUGAUAUGCUAAGAGUGCUCCAUUAUUGUGAAUAUUGUUUGACUAUUUUUAUGGUAUGUAAUGGAUUCUAAGUAAUAGAUUAUGAUUAUUUUCA